AUGUUCUUCUUGCUUUGCAUCUCCGCUCUUUUUGUGGCAGUAUCAUGUGAUACAGGCUACUGUGGAGAUACUAAUGCGUACUAUAAACUUGAGGGUUACUGCGAUAUCUUCAUCGAAUGUAUUGAACGCCAAGAAUUUAGAAGGUCAUGUCCUGAUGGUCUGCACUUCAAUGCAGAGGCCCCAUGGCCGCAGUAUCCUUGUGGAUAUCCAAUGGACGUUCCAUGUAGCGAGAAGGAUAUUCAACAGGCCGCGCGAUCAACACAAGAAUGCCCUCACGAGUAUGGAUUCUUUGAAUCGCCUUUAGCGACUCGCGUCGAUUGUGGACAUUAUAAGCAAUGCGUGGAUGGUGUUCCCAUGGAAAUGCUAUGCCCAUCGGGUCUGGCUUUUAAUCCAGAGAUAGGUCGUUGCGACUGGCCCGCUUUGGUACCUUCUUGUGACGCUGAAGCAUUCAUUGGCUAUUCCUGCCCGCCGGGAUCUGUCGACGAAUAUGGAUAUGAUAUUACUGAAAACUUUGGAAUUCCCGGAAAAUGCUACUCGUUUAUUUCAUGUCACAGAGGUGGCGCUCGUUUACUCACCUGCGACCUUGGCUUCAAAUUUGACGAAACUGUCAACCGUUGUGUUAACUCCGAUCUCGUGAGAAGUUCCACGCCUUGUGAAGAGCGUCCUUCAUAUUUGUAA